UUUGGCCGCGGUCGUUGGCAGCAAAGUUAUCAAAAUGAUAGAGGACCCGACCUUCUUCCUCCAGCUGGACGUUAUCCUCCGAGGCACAAUUUUGGAUACGGAAAUAGGUUUCAGAACGCUCGCCAUGAUGAGCGCCUUGUCUCUGAGAUGAAGCUUUCAAAAAGUGUAGAAACUCUGUCAAGAAAGUGCAUUGCUUUUCCGGAGCCUUGCGAAAUUGCCUGCUACAAUCGUGUAGAAGGCGGAGAAGUAUUCUUCGAUGACCGUAGCUUGAGACUUUUUAAGCGCCAUAUUACUGAAGAUGUUGGAGCUGAUUUGAAUGAAGGUUAUGACACAUUCAUUCCCAAAAAAGACAUAGGCUCAGAGGGCUUUGGAUUUGGUGAUCUUCUUGCUUGCAGUAGGGACAAAAAUAUCCCUCUUCAAUCUUGGAAACAUUUUAUUACAUUCCGUAACAAUCUUAAAAAGAUACUGGCAACAGCUUAUAUCCGUAAUGAGCCUUGGGAAAUGGGAGUGCACAAAAGGAAUGGGGUUGUCUAUCUUGAUGUGCAUAAUUUACCAGAAAGACCCCAAAGUGAUUUAGAUCGUAGGAGAUGUUACGUAGGAUAUUGUUUUGAGAGCCUCGCCACUGAAGAUCCUAGAAGAGCAGACGGAGAAGGGAUACAUCAUGUUGAUGCCAAUGUUGAAUUCUGUUCUGUGAUUAAAACAAAAUUAGGAGCUCACCGCAUCUUAAUGGGUGCUGAGAUGGAUUGCUGUGAUUCAACUAAUGACGGAAAGAGAUUCUAUGUGGAGUUAAAGACUAGCCGUGAGUUGAAUUAUCAUACCGAAGAAAGAUUCGAGAGAAAAAAAAUGUUGAAGUUUUGGAUUCAGUCAUUUCUGGCAGGUGUUCCAUAUAUUGUCAUCGGAUUUAGGGACGAUGCAGGUCGUCUUGUUCGGACAGAAAGAAUUAGAACCGAAGAUAUAAGUCAGAGAGUAGAAAUGAAGAACUACUGCCAGGGAGGAGUCUGCUUGGCUUUUGCAGAUGAGGUAUUAGGCUGGCUCUCUGGAACAGUAAAAGAAGACGAAGAUUACAUUUUGAAGUUUGCUCGACCGUUCAACCGUCUGGAGCUUCUGCAAGCACAGUCCUGCCCAGAUGUAAUUACUAGUCAUUUGGAGCUGUUGUGAAAAUUGAGACCUUAGCAGUUACCUUUUAAACGAACCUUUUUAGUAUAUGCUGACAAUUGCAUUCAGAACUUUAAUCUCUCUCUAUCUAUUUAUAUUGUUAAUUUCUCUUCAAGUUUAUUUAAU